ACCAUAGGCUAAUUUUUUUUUUCUUUUUCUUUUUUUUUUAAUUUUUAAAAAAUAAAAUAGUAUUAGUAUCCUAGGCUCUCCCUGGUCUCCCCCAACUUUUUCCUUUUUCAAGUCUUUCAGCAUCUCUUAGCAUAUACCCAGAAACCAGCACAGAACAGAUCAUACAACCACAAGAGAAGAGAAGAGAAAAGAGAAAGAGAUCAUAGGUGUAGAUUGCAAAAAGGGGUGGUUUUUGUGGGAUUGUUUUGUUGGCUAUCAAAUAAAUAUGGCUGUGCAAGCUCAGUUUCCUUUGUGCGGUUCACAAGAUUGGAUGGACAAUAGUUGUGGAGGGUUUAAUCAGUUUUGUUAUUCUUAUCUUCAGCAAGAACAACAGCAGCAGCUGCAACAGCAACAAUGCAAUAUUCAGAUGAUGCAAAAUCAGCUGCAGAAGAAUCAAAAUCUUUGCUUUGAUAAUACUCUUCUUGGUUCUUCUAGUUUGAAAACCAGCAAUCAUCACCCAUCAAUGGCUUAUUCUCAAAGCAUCGUUGCCUAUGAUGAAAAGCAAAGACAAGAGAUUGAUCAUUAUAUCAGAUUACAGAAUGAGAGACUGAGACUGUUUCUGCAAGAGCAAACAAAGCAACAGCUAGCUUCAAUGAUGAAGAGAAUAGAAUCAAAGGCACUCCUUUUAUUGAGGCAAAAGGAUGAGGAAAUAGCAAGAGCAGCUAAAAGAACCGCAGAGCUUGAAGAUUUCUUGAAAAGAUUAGAGAUGGAGAGCCAAGUAUGGCAAAGGGUAGCACAAGAAAACGAAGCCAUGGUUAUAUCUCUCGACAAUACAAUAGAACAGCUGAGGGAAAAAGCCUCGUGUUGCUUUGAAAACGGAGCAGAGGAUGCAGAGUCAUGCUGUGAUAUGAACAGAGAAGAGGAAGAAGAAGCAGAGGAAACAGAGCAAAGAAGCAGAGUAUUUGUCGGUGAUAACGUUACAGAAGAAGAAAGAGCAAGAAAAAAGAGGAUGACGAUGAUGAUGGCAUGCAAAGGCUGUAACUCUAGGAAUCCGUGUAUUUUGUUCCUUCCCUGUAGGCACCUUUGUUCAUGCAAAGCUUGUGAGGCUAUUCUUGAUUCUUGCCCUCUGUGUCAAACGCCAAAGAAGGCUAGCAUUGAGGCUUUAAUAGUUUAGAUUUUCUAGGCCAGGGAAAAUAAUUUUCCUGGAAAAGUGAAAUGGAAUAGAACAAAGCGAAGAGAAGGGAAAAAAAAAAAGAAGCAGAAACCCAAUUCAAUGCUCCUGCAUGCAGGCACAUUGGCAUUGAUGAUUAGAUUUUAGUCUCUUUUUUUUUUUUCUGCCCUUUUUUGAGGGAUCCUUCUGUAUGAAAUUGUACUUCAAAAUCAGCAAGGAAUCAAUCAAUCAAACAUUGAAGAAGAGAAUUACAGGACAAGAAGAGAACUGUUACCAUAUUA